GAGCACAAGAUUUUGUCACCAUCACCAGCUUAUGGCCUCGCAAAAAGUAGCCUCCGCUCUCGCGGAGAUCGAAUCCUCACCCAGCCAAGCAACCAAAUCACAACUGUACAACGACCUAUUAGGCAAAAUCGUCAGCACCUCCACAGGCCACGAACUCUCGCAAGACCUGAUAUACUACCUCGACUCCAUCCUCAGCGAAAACGUCAGCGUCGUUGCCGCACGACCCCUCCUCGACUCCUUCAUCAAUGUCCUCCGCGACCUUUCCCCCGCCAUCAAAAUCAAAGUCGGUCAACAUGCCGUGACGCUCUUACAGUCUCGAUCCGCAUCUGUCGAGGAGCAGGACUCGAAUAUUCGCGAAAUACUGGCCGAUGCAUACGAGGUAGAGGAGGAAUAUAGUGCGGCUGCGCGAGUACUACAGGGUAUUCAUCUGGACAGUUCUCAGCGACUCAUUACAGAUGCGGCAAAGACGCGAAUGUGGAUUCGUAUACUUAGACUAUACUUGGAAGAAGACGAUACGACGAAUGCGGAAUCGUUCUUGAACAGAAUCAAAAAUCUGCCGAGUAAGAUUGAGGAUCCGGAGUUGAAGUUGCAUUUUCAACUUUCGCAGGCGCGUAUUCUGGAUGCCCGCCGUCGUUUUCUGGACGCUAGCCAGGAAUAUUUUAAUGUCAGUCUGGCGUCUGGUGUCGAUGAGAGUGAUCGACUUCAUGCUCUCUCGGCGGCAAUCAUCUGCGCCGUCCUUGCGCCUGCAGGACCACAACGAUCACGCACACUGGCACGCCUCUACAAGGAUGACCGUGCAACCUCCGUCGACGUCUUUGCUAUCCUAGAAAAAAUGCAUCUAGACCGAUUACUAACACCAGAUGAAGUCACCGCCUUUUCCCAGAAACUACAACCGCAUCAACUUGCCAAAACUGCCGAUGGCUCGACCGUACUGGACAAAGCUGUAAUUGAACACAAUCUCGUAGCCGCUAGCAGACUCUACGAGAAUAUCAAAACCGAUGCCUUGGGAGCCAUCCUCGCACUCAAAGAUUCCAGCGAUGAAACAGCAGGCGAAAAGGCAGAGGCAUACGCUGCUCGGAUGGUGGAACAAGGUCGCUUGAAAGGUAGUAUUGAUCAGAUUGAUGGUAUUAUUUACUUUGAUUCGGAUAUCUCGGGCGUUGAGAAUACGGGGACCAUGGGAAGGAAUAUACGGCUUUGGGAUGCUGGGAUUGAGAGUGUCACGGAGGAUGUUGAGAGGGUAGCUGCCAAUGUGGCGGAUGCAUUUCCGGAGCUUGCUAUUUCUCAGAUGGUCCAUUGAUGGGAAUUGAUGGGAAUUGAUGGGAACAAGAAGCCUGGAACUUAACCGACGGUUACUAGAUAGACAGGUCGCUUGUAUGAUACCAAGCAGCUUCUGAUUAUUCCACCACUAAUGAAUCUACAAUCGUUAUCCGAAUAAGGUUAUCGACCGUCAAGCUUUCU